AUGGAGGAUCCCGACGAGGUGGUCAAUGUCGUUCCAGAACUCUACUUUUUGAUAGCGAAAUUUCUCUCCGGGGGACCCCUGAGAGAGACUGCAAAGACUUUGUUAAAAGAGUUGGAGAGCGUAGAGGUGCUGCCUCGACGACUCGAUUGGGAGGGCAACGAGCAUUCUCAAACAUACAAUGAAUUGGAAUCUCAAUAUUCUGAGAUAUCAUGGGAUCGUCUUGCGUCAGUAUGCGAGAGGGCUUUACGCAUCGCCCGCACAAAACCUGGAGUACCUCUCACAGGGGGUGCAGAUCUGCCUAAUAUAUUUGCUCAGCAUCAAAAAGAGUUGAUAAGCGCAAGGUUGUCACUGUUGAGUGAAUCUCUAGUGCGUCCAAAGCCACAAUAUGCAUCAUUCAAACAAGACCAUACACUUGUUCGGAGGCUAGUAUCUCGUGAACUUGGCGCCGGUGGAGGCACUACAGCAGCCGGUGGAGCUGGUGUCAGUGCCAACCAUGCUCGAGCACCACGUCCCUUCCCAGCAAGACUUCUCCAAGGGCUCACGCUACAGAGACGAACUCUUGGACAUCUGUCUGCUGUGUACUGCUUAGCUUUCGAUCGGACUGGAAGAUAUGUGCUUACCGGUGCUGAUGACUUAUUAGUGAAAGUGUGGUGUGCGGUUGAUGGUAGAUUGGCAGCUACAUUACGUGGUGCAGGCGCUGAGAUAACAGACGUGUGCGCGUCCUAUGAUGGUGCGUUACUAGCGUGCGGAUCGGUCGAGCGACUCGUACGAGUGUGGUGUUUAGCUACUGGAGCGCCCAAGGCGGUUCUUCACGCUCACGCUGGAACUAUUACUUCGGUCCAAUGGGCCCCAGGUGCUCAUGGGGAACUACGCUGGUUAGCUUCAACCAGUACAGAUGGUUCUGUGGCAUUUUGGACUUGUUCCCGUGAAGGCCAGUUCUUAUCUCAACCAGUGCAAUAUGUGGAACGGCUCCGGCCUGGUGCGUGUCAUAUGAUAUGUGCAGCCUGGUCUGCAGGAGGAGCUUUCUUGGCAGCAGGGUCGGCAGAUCAGCGUGUACGGGUCUAUGCGUUAGAAUCAGGUGGACCACGCCGGGUACUAGAGACCGCGGCCCAUUCAGACGCAGUGGACUCAUUAGCAUGGGCUCACAGAGGUCUGCGUUUCGUAUCUGGCAGCAAAGAUGGCACAGCAGCUUUAUGGACCUUACAUGCGACCCAAUGGCGACAUGUGGUGUUAAAAGUGACGGGUGCGAAUGGAGAAUCUGGUACACCAGAAGACGCAGGAGGAAGGAAGUUGAAGGUGACAAUGGUGUGUUGGGAUCGUAGUGACGCGUAUGUAGUGACGGCGGUGUCGGAUAGCUCAGUACGUGUGUGGUGUGCACGGCGGGCGGUGCAGGUUCGGGUUCUGGCUGGGCAUAGAGAUGAAGCGUAUGUCCUUGAGGCACACCCGACACUACCAGGCGUAGUGCUAUCAGCAGGACAUGACGGACAGUUAUUUGUGUGGAGUGCAGAGCAAGAAGAACCAUUGGUUCGUUUUCAUAAUGUCAUCGCAGGGCAGGGUGAGGGUGCUCUAUUUGAUGCGAAAUGGGGAGCGUGCGGGGCUCGUGUGGCUGCAAGUGAUUCCCACGGACACCUGUUGCUUUUGGGUUUGGGUGCUGGACACGCGCGUCUAGCUAAGCUACCAUCGGAGUUAUUCUUCCAUACGGACUAUAGGCCGUUAGCAAGAGAUGCACUCGGGGGAGCCCUGGAUGAACAAACCGAUCUGCCACCUCAUCUCAUGCCGCCACCGUUUCUUGUGGAUGUUGAGGGUGCACCCCAUCCCCCGGAGUUCCAACGUCUAGUUCCAGGCCGUGAAGCUUUACCAAUAGAACAGCUUGUACCCAGGACCCGUCUAGAUGCCAUGAUAGAAGCCCUGGCUGCUGAUCCCCUGACUCCUGCAGUCCAGGGGGAUGCGCCCGCGGGCCAUGGUGUGUGGAGAGGGGAGGGGGUACGACAUACUGCGGGUUCCUGGCAAGGGCUAGAUGUACCAUUAAGUACAAGGCCUAUAGUGCCUCCUUUACCUCAUUCUAUGAGGGAGGAGAUUGAGAAGGCUAGCACGGAGAUGAACGCGUUCGAGCUGAGCUGGUACCGGCGCGAGAUGCGGCGCCGCCCCGUCAUGAUCAGCACGGCGCCGGGCGACGCGCCGCGCCGCCGCGCCGGCCGCCGCCCGCGCGCGCGCCCCGCGCCGCCGCGCCAGGCGCCCGCGCCCAUGCGUCUAGAAGAUGAAGUGGCAGAUAUUAUAGAAGAAAGCGACAGCGACACGUCGGAUGAAUCUGUCCGUCUGUCCGCGUCGCGAUCCUCCCGCUCCUCGCGCUCCUCACGAUCCUCUCACUCCUCCAGGUCCUCGAAGACGUCCAGAGGAAGGCACUCUAGUGCUGAUAUGUCCGAUUCUGAUAGGUGUGAUGUAUGUAGUUCACAUUCGGCCAGCAAAAGUGACAGCUCAGCGUCGUCGCAGUACUCGGACUGGGAGGCGGGCGCGGCGCUGGCGCCGCCGGCGCGCGCGCGGCGCCGGCCGGUGCCCACUGCACGCUACAGCCCCAGCGCAACGACGAGCAAGCGCGCCGGCGCCAGUACUAGCGCGAGCGCCGGCGCCAGUACUAGCGCGGGCACUGGCACGGUCGAGUUGCCCGAGGCGUACCGCGUGGGCGAGUGGCUGACGGCGGUGUCGCCUCGCAAAGCGCCCUAUCACCCGCAGAUGGGGGACCACUGCUUGUAUUUUAGACUGGGACACCAACGUUACUUCGAAGCGGUGGCGGAGAAGGACCUCUACAAGAUACACCCACGGGACAAGCCCUGGGAGCGUAUGCAAAUAUGCGACUGCGAGGCGGUGCAGGUGGUGGGCAUAAAGUACGUGAUAAAGCCUCCCCGCGUGGUGAGCCUGAAGCUGGCGCGCGCGCGCGACGGCCGCGCCUUCGCCGUGCGCUACCACGACAUGCCCGACGUCAUCGACUUCCUGGUGCUCGCGCACCACUACGAGGCGGCCGUCGCCAGGCGCUGGGGCGCCGGGGACAGAUUCCGCUGCAUGAUCGACGACUCGUGGUGGACGGGGCAGGUGCUGGAGCGCUCGCAGCCCGCGCACUCCUCGCAGGACGCGGGCGCGGACGCGAAUGAUGCUGCCUCGCAUUUCCUCUCAUUACGAGUGAGGUGGGAUAACGGUGAAGUGGAACGAUUGUCUCCGUGGGAUCUAGAGCCUAUUGAUCCUGAAAGACUGCCAUCGGAGCCGGGCGGCGCGGUGGCGGUGCAGCCGCGCGAGCUGGAGGCGGUGCUGGCGCGCUCGCACGAGUGGCCGCCGCGCGCGUGCCGCGCCAUCGCACACCACAUAUCGCAGGUGAUGUCCUUGUCAGUAGCGGAACCUUUCGUGGCUCCAGUGGACCUUCAGCUGUACCCGUCCUACGCCCUGGUCGUGCCCUAUCCUAUAGACUUGGCGACCAUACGCGCUCGGUUCGAGAACUUGUUCUACCGGCGCGCGGCGGCGGCGCAGUUCGACGCGCGCUGGCUGGCGAGCAACGCGGAGCGCUUUAACGAGCCGCACUCGCCCAUCGUGCGCCAGGCGCGCCUCGUCACCGACCUGCUGCUCUGCAUCAUCAGUAACUGGGAGGAUGUGGACGUCGUGGCGAAGUACCACGAGCUCGCCGCGUCUUAUCAAUCUUCGGACGAUGAGGUCCCCGUUGACAAGAAGCGUCGAUCGAACCGAGCGCGCGCCGGCCGCAGGGGAGCGGCGGGCGAGGGGGGCGCGGGGCGCGCGGCGGCCGCGGGGCGCUCGUGGCAGGGCGCGUGCGCGGCGCUGCUGCGCGAGCUGUGCGCCUCCCCCGACGCCGAGCCCUUCCGCCAGCCCGUGUCGCCCACGCAGGCGCCCGGUGGG